AUGCUUCCUCAACUCUGGCUCUUCACCAUUUUGACGCCACUAGUGCUUGGUGUCCCCGUCCCUCGAGUAUCAGUCAUACCCAGCGUGAGGUCUAGUGACCGCACAUCUGACAUCGAAACUUCGGAUGGCCCCCGGAAAAUGGGAAUCGACCAUGCAAACAAAGCGAGUUGGCAUCUUAAAGGCGAUCAGAAGGAAGCCGGCAGUAAAACUGUCGUAGAUGGCCAAGGAAGUCCAUCGCUCGGCGGCUAUACGGCUCAUGGUACGGGUGUCAGCCACAGUGGUGGGUCUGUCUUGAACAGGGGACAGGAUUCCAGUAUCUCCGGGCAAGCUUCUGGUAUCAAUCCCCCAAGGUCAUUGAGCACUGGGAUCUCUGGUGGGACAUCGGGUACACCAUCGGGUGGUACUUUGGGAGAAAUGUUGGAAGAAAGUUCUGAUGGAAGCUCGCGUGGAACCUCAUCUGACAGCGGACAAUCCGAGGAACUCAAAGAGGGCGGAACGUAUGAAGGUCACGGCGAGCACGGCGGUGGCAUGACAUGGAGCGAAAUGCUCAAGCAAAUUGAACCUAUCGGCAGCGGCAGUACAACCGGCAGUGCGAGCAACACCGGCAGCGAGAGAACGACCACUGAUAGCAAGGGUACCACUACCGGCAGCAACAUUCCUAGCGCAGACACGAACGGCAUCAUCAUCGGCAGCGAAAGCACCACCGGCAGCGAUGGAACUACUAUUACAACAUCAUGGCACAAGUAA